AUGCAUGACCGUUUGGCUCAGUUGGAGCGUCUGAUUGUGUCGCUGAUGGCCGACUCGGCGAACAAGGCACAAGCACAUAUUCCGCCAGGCUCCGAAGUUUCGGCUUCAUCGAGAAUCCAAAAUCCACCUCCCAGUGAUCCCAUUGUCGACGCUGUUGAUGGCCGUUCUGAGUGUGGCGGUAUGCAAAUCAGUGAGUCGGAAUUUCACUAUGUUGGGAAUAACCAUUGGGCGACUAUCCUCGAUGGAAUCGCGGAUCUCAAAGACCAUCUCGAUCGUGAUGAGCAGUUCCGCCUCGCAAGUACCCCGUCAGAUCUUGAUAAUGAUGAGCAUGGAAAUGGAUUGGCUCUCCCUCGAUCUGCAUAUGCGCUUCUGCUGUAUGGGGGGCGCCGUCUAGGCUCAAAGGAAGAGAUUCUCGCGGCGUUGCCUCCGAGAUCUGCGGUCGAUCGAUAUGUUUCUCGGUAUUUCAACUACCUCGACCUGGUUUCCUCUUCUGCGGUGCAUGGACCAAGUUUUCUACGUGAGUACGAGGCAUUUUGGAGGAAUCAAUCAAGCGCGCCUGUUAUGUGGAUUGGGCUCCUCUUCAGCAUGAUUUGUCUCGCAUGCCUUACCUCCGAUGUCCUAUCCGAACCGAAUCCCGAGGAUCUAUCACUCCAAGUCGACCUUUAUCGCGAGAAAAUCGUGCAAUGUUUGACGCUGGGGGAAUAUACAAGGUCAGGGCCAUAUGUUUUGGAGACAGUCAUAAACUACACAUAUGCCGAAUUCUGUAUUCGAACCGACGCCGGUAAGGACAUCUGGUUUCUACUGGCUCUGGAGGUCAAUUUGGCGAUGCGAAUGGGCUACCACCGUGACCCAAGCCACUUCCCCGGGAUCUCACCCUUCCAAGGCGAAAUGCGUCGUCGACUUUGGGCAACAGUUCUAAUGGGGGAUAUACUCAUCUCCAAUCAAAUGGGCAUGCCACGGAUGAUCUCCGACGGCAAAUGGGAUACUUCAGAGCCACGGAACCUGAAUGACACGGAUUUCGACGAACAAUCGACCGAUUUGCCUCUCUCUCGCCCCCUCACAGAAUAUACAAACUCCCUUGGAAUCAUCGCACGAAGGCGGAUUCUCGCGGCACUUGGGGCCGUGAUAGAUCUGACUGACGCGGUCAAGCCAUGUACCUAUGCUGAUGUGAUGCAUAUUGAUUCCAUGAUCCAGGAGGCAGCAGCCAACAUACCCCCACCACUAAAGCUCAAGUCCAUGGCAACAAGUAUGACUGACCCCCCACAGAUCAUUAUGGCCCGGUUAUUCCUAUACCACAUGAUCUACAAGGGACAGGUUGUUCUUCACAAGCGGUUCUUCUACCCCAAGUCAGACAAUUCAGAUGAUCAAGCGACCUCUUACUCGCGAAAGGUCUGUUUGGAGGCUUCUCUUGGUACUCUUGAGAUUCAACAUAUUCUUGACGAGGAAACUUGUCCUGGGGGUCAACUUUAUACCAUGCGAUUCCGCGUCACGUCCAUCAUGAAUCAUCAGUUCCUUACCGCCACGAUGAUUCUAUGCUCUAUGCUUCAUCAGGGACAUACGCUGGAGCGCGAACAAGACAUUCGUGCGGCGCUUCAGCGAUGCAGGGCAAUUUGGAUGAGGCGAAGCGAAAGUUCCAAAGAAGCCAAGAAAGCGGCCGAGACUGUCAGCUUCGUUCUGGCUCGGGCAGAUGAUGGGAGAAGUCAUAAAUUUGCAUUAACACAAGCCAUUGCGCAUUCUGGUGGCCACUUCCCGCCAAAUAGUGUUCCGCUUGACAGUCAAGAACCUCCAGGCUCUAUUCCAGAUGAAGCUACAGUAUCAUCUGACUAUAUGAGCUUAUUUGAUCGUGAGAGACCCUCCCUGCUACGCUUUUUCCAUGUCUUCAUUUUUUUUUCUAAUCAUACUCUAGCCGACUACUUUGUUAUGACAGGCUCUCUUGGCAACUUCACACCCCCGGGGCAGCCGAGCCAAAGCUUUUCGCAAGCUGAGAACUUUGCAUUGAAUUUUAAUGGCAUGGAAAGGCGGCCUGAUGAAUGGAUGCUAAUGCCUUGGUCUGGAAUAUAG